CGUAACAAUGUUCAGUUCAAUAACAACUUCGGUGAUCUUUGUUUGUGUAGGUCUGUCGAGGGGUGACUAUGCUACCAAUCCAUUUUUGAUUGGCACGGAUGGAAUGAAAGAAUACUGCAAAGGAGAAACUGGCCUCUUCAGAAGCACCUCGUGUAAUAAGUUUGUGCAUUGCUCGAGUGGAAAUGCAAUUGAGCAAUCCUGUCCUGACGGGUUGUCCUUCAAUUCGAAGGGGUAUUGUGAUUUUCCUCAAAACGUGGACUGCAAUGAAGGAUCGCCCACUGCUAACAAUGCUGGCGGCAGCGCUGCAAAAGGAGAUUCCAGUUCCAGUUCAUGGUCGCCACCCCCAUCAGUUCAAUCACCCGACUAUGUAACAUCACUAUCCAUUGGUAUCAGUCCUCCGCAAAACGCCUUACCGUCGGGCAAUGCAGAAAAUGUAAUUGGUAGCUCUCCAUCGAUAUCUAGAUUGAAGAAGAGCUGUCGCAAAGCAAGAGGACAAUUUGCCAGUACUUAUUGUGAUAAGUACAUAAAUUGCUGGGAUGGUCAAGCAAUAGAAGAAAAAUGUCCAUCUGGACUCCUAUUCUCAGACAAAGGGUACUGUGACUUUCCACAGAAUGUGAAUUGUGGCGGAAGAAUCUUAGGGGACGCUAUACAUCAUCAGCAAGUGUCACUGGGACAGCAAGGAGAAGGUGCAACAAAUGUAGGUUCUAGUGAGUGUCCAUUACUGUCAGGUACUUUCAGAGACAAAACCAGUUGCAACAAGUACUUCACAUGUAUCGCAAAUCAAGUUGUGGCAAGACAGGAAUGCCCGCAAGGGCUCUUUUUUAAUGACUAUCUCGGUGUAUGUGAUUUUAGUUCAAGAGUUGACUGCUCUAAAGAACCUGUAUACUUUCAAUCUGCUAAGAAGGACCAGAUUAUUUAUACAGGUACCAAUGAUCUAGAGUGCAUAGAGGAGUUCGGAGCUUUUAGAGAUAUCGGAAACUGUAGCACAUUCUACAUAUGUGUCUCCAACAAACUUGUUGCAAAAUACAGCUGCCCAGAAGGACUCAGUUUCAAUGAUAAUUUGGGGAUAUGCGACUAUUCUAAGAAUGUAAAUUGUUGGCUACCUCCAAAGGUGUUCAAAUCAAGAGAGAACUUCAUACAAGCUAUAUCUCCAGAAUUGAUGCAGCAAAUCAGAACCUGCCAGGUGGGUAGCCGUUUUCCAUUAAAUCCCCAAUGCACGGCUAUGUGUAUCUGCAAAGAACAGACCGCAGAAAUCGUGCAGUGCCCUGCAGCUCUGGCGUACGAUUCUCCGACGGACAAGUGUGUUCUACCACAUCUCGCUAGAUGCUAAAUAUCGAGACUGACUGAGCAAAAAUGAGGAGUAGCGAAACAAACCUUGUAAAAUGAACCAAAAAUAUAGUCCAACCUUGAAAUUGUUUGUUGAUUUUAAACCACUGAAACAAUUUAAAGGCAACCCUCAUAUUGAUUUCAACGGUUAGUCAGUUAUUUUUAGGUUUAUUUUGUAAUGUGAGGAAUGGUGUAGAGUAUGGGUAUUUAUUGUAUA